AUGGCCAACCACCACAGUCGCCGACGCGUCAGGGGCUGCCGCCACGAGCCGCCCAUGCCAACCGCCGCAGUCGCCGACGCGUCAGGGGCCUACCGCUGCGAGCCGCCCAUCGCCAACCGCCGCAGUCGCCGACGCGUCAGGGGCCUGCCGCCACAAGCCGCCCAUCGCCAAGCGCCGCUGUCGCCGACGCGUCAGGGGCCUGCCGCCGCGAGCCGCCCACCGCCAACCGCCGCUGCCGCCGAAGCGUCAGGGGCCAGCUGCCGCGAGCCGCCAAGAGCCAACCGCCGCUAUCGCCGACGCGUCAUGGGCCUGCCGCCGCGAGCCGCCCAUCGCCAACAGCCGCUGUCGCCGACGCGUCAGGGGCCUGCCGCCGCGAGCCGCCCAUCGCCAACCGCCACAGUCGUCGACGCGUCAGGGGCCUGCCGCUGCGAGCCGCCCAGAGCCAACCGCCGCUGUAGCCGAAUCGUCAGGGCCCUGCCGCCGCGAGCCGCCCAUCGCCAAUCGCCGGAGUCGCCGACAUGUCAGAGGCCUGCCGCCGCGAGCCGCCCAUCGCCAAUCGCCGGAGUCGCCAACACGUCAGAGGCCUGCCGCCGCGAGCCGCCCAUCGCCAACAGCCGCUGUCGCCGACGCGUCAGGGGCCUGCCGCCGCGAGCCGCCCAUCGCCAACCGCCACAGUCGCCGACGCGUCAGGGGCCUGCCGCCGCGAGCCGCCCAGAGCCAACCGCCGCUGUAGCCGAAUCGUCAGGGGCCUGCUGCCGCGAGCCGCCCAUCGCCAAUCGCCAGAGUCGCCGACACGUCAGAGGCCUGCCACCGCGAGCCGCCCAUCGCCAACAGCCGCUGUCGCCGCCUCCUCAGGCGCCUGCCGCAGCGAGCCGCCCAUCGCCAACCGCCGCUUUGGCCGACGCGUCAGGGGCCUGCCGCUGCGAGGCGGCCAUCGCUAACCGCCGCAGUCGCCGACGCGUCAGGAGCCUGCCACCGCGAGCCGCCCAUCGCCAACCGCCGGUGUCGCCGACGCGUCAGGGGCCUGCCGCCGCGAGCCGCCCAUCGCCAACCGCCGGUGUCGCCGACGCGUCAGGGGCCUGCCGCCACAAGCCGCCCAUCGCCAAGCGCCGCUGUCGCCGACGCGUCAGGGGCCUGCCGCCGCGAGCCGCCCUCCGCCAACCGCCGCUGCCGCCGAAGCGUCAGGGGCCUGCUGCCGCGAGCCGCCCAUCGCCAACCGCCGCUGUCGCUGACGCGUUAGGGGCCUGCCGCCGCGAGCCGCCCAUCGCCAACCGCCACAGUCGCCGACGCGUCAGGGGCCUCCCGCCGCGAGCCGCCCAGAGCCAACCGCCGCUGUAG